AAGUAUGGAAAAAGAGAGAAUUGAACUCUUGACAGCAAUCAAAAGGAGGAACAAUGACAAGGUCAUUGCGGAGAAAAUGGCUCAUACCUUUGCCUACAGGCGUCAGGAGGUGGUGAAUGAAGAACCUGGCAUAGAGGAUUUCAAGGACAGAUGGCCUGCCCUGUUCCAACAGAAAGAGAUUAAUGCGGAGUUCCUGAGACUCAUGGCUCUUCCCCUUGAGCAGACUUUCUUUGCCCAGUUGGACAGGCUCUCAAGUCAGCUGAUUAAAGUCAUCAAAGCCAAGGGAGGAGCAACACGUGCAAAAAUAGCUGGAAUCAUGAGAAUCUAUGAUGAGGUGGAGGACAUUGGGAUUCGAAGGGAAUGUGUUCUGAAAGGGCUCAUCACCUUUCUUGGAGAGGAUCCAGAAGACCUUAUUAAGGAAUACAGUGGCAGCUGUGGAGAUGAUGCCCAGAUGGAUCUCAAACAACUCACCCUGGCAAUAUUUGUGAUUCGGAAGAAGGGAGAGGGAUUGGAAGAAUCCCCAGAAGACAUUGGCAUUGUCAUUGAGGGAGUGGAGGUGUUGCAUGACCUGACUUCAGUUGCCUCAGCAUGUGCCCUGCUUCUGGGUUUGAUAUAUGCCCUUAACCUGGCUUAUCCGAAGCCUCUGCGCUUCACAUUUGAAGUGUUUCAAAAAAUCUUCAUGCAACUUGACCAACACAAAAUGUCUCCUAAAGUUCAGAAUUUGUUUGGAAGACUUCAGACCUCUCAGUAAAGACAAUUGUAUGUUGUGCAAAAUGACAGAUUAUUUUCUGUCUUUGUUUGAACAUGAGGGGGCUGUGUUUUGGAAGCUUAACCUCAAGGGACUGAACUUUUUGAAUUUCUUUUGGGACAUUGUGCAUAUUAAAGCCACAGCAUUAGUAGGCUGCUGUAGUAUUGUUCACAGACACUUUCACAGUGUUUUUUUCAUAUUUUUUUUUCAAUUUGGAUUAAGCAGUGCUUAAUGUUUACUAUUCUGUUCUGAUGUCAGUUAACUUAAGUAUCGGAGAUGGUUUAAAUGCUGCAAGCCAUGACCCCACAACCUUGUUUGAAAGCAUGUAGAUGUUAUUGCUUGUUUUCAGUUUGUUCUUGAAGAUGUUAAAAACAGACACACAUGUUCUUACAUUUUAUGUAAAAACAGUUUAGGGAUUGAGAAUGUUGAUUUCCUUUAUUUUAG